UAUUAUGCUUCCAAUUUCACUUCUGCGUUUGUGAAUCCCUAGUUUUAAAUAGUUGCCCGAUUUAGAAAUUUUAGAAUUGCGUACAACCCGACUCUACCUAAACCAAUUUGGACCGUUAUUUUUGUUUUACAAUUCCCAGUCAAUUUGUGACUAAAAGGGUUUAAAAAAAAAUUUCUUUUUUUCUGAAAAAAAAAGAAUAAAAAUUAAACAUUCAAAUGGUCAGGGAGUAGACUUCUAUCACCAUUAUUGAAAAAUUUGCCUUCGGCUUUUAUAGGCUUUCGUUUUCAAUUUUGUAUUGACUUCUAUUGACUAUAAGAAGAGCGGUUAAUUAUUUACAGGCUUUCGACAUUGUAAAAAAGUUAUCUUCUUGUGUUUGCCUUUGUCGUCCGCGAAGUACAAUCACUAAGGCAGGAAUUUGCAGGUCAUCAGUAGUAAAUAAUUCGAAUUGUUAUAAACAAAACAUUAUUUUUUUUAUUGUUACAAUUUUAAAAAUCAUUGACAACGUUGGUUACUUUUUUUUCGCGCUUGUUUAGGAUCAAUUGGUAUUCGUUUCACUUUAUUUGUAUAUUAGUUUUAUUUUAUUUUUUUUUAAUUGCAAUUUUUACUAUCAAGCACAAUUCGUCGAAAUUGCUUGCUAUUUAUUAAGUUAAUACCUCAAUUUGUUUAAUUUGCAGUGGCUGCUACCACGACAAAUCCCUAUUGCAUUCGUUUGUCUUCAUGCCGCGUCCUCUAACUAAUUUUACUGAAAAUGUGGCCUCCUUUACCCAUGGGCCGGGUUUCUAUGAUUCCAAUCCCGACUGGUAUAAUUCUCAAUCUUUACAUCGAGCAUAUCCUUCCUUAAAUCAACGGAAUCGACGAAAUUCUAAUAAUAACAUACCACCAGCAUCAAUGUCAAAUACUAGACCAUCUUCAAACAGCGCAUUGAAUUCACAGUCUUUGCCACGACCUGGCAGAGUUUCAUCCGGUUAUUCGUCGUUCCCUCAUUCAAAUAAUAGACAAUCUCGAAGGUCUGUAGGUCUUUCUCGAAGCAAUGCAACGCGAAUUUCGAGGAGGAGUAUUCCGGAUUGGAUUGAAAUGCUUACUGAAAUGAAUUUCGAUGAAGCAUUCCCUUUACCUGCCCUUUUUUCUUCACAUACGGAAAGACUCGUUGAUCGUGUCUUACGAUUGAAUCGAUAUUUGCAAGCUAACGAUCAUCGGGAUGCCAGUUUAGGUUUAUCCUCUAUAUCUCCUAGAGAUCAAAGAGCCGAACCUGUUGCUUUAAGACCACCCUUCUCAUUUUCACCGACUCCGUCUCAGCCAUCUGCGGAUAAUGAAUUGUCACAGUCCAUCUUUUCACAUGAAACUGACUCACGCCCUAUUUCCCCUCAUCGCUCUUUUCCUCUCGUAAAUAAUCAGCAUCAGUAUACGGAUAGCCAUCGUUCCGAAUAUAAUUCCCUGAGUAGUGAUGGCAGUUCUUCGUCAACCGAAACAACUUUUCAAGAUCAUCCUAUAGGAAACUUUAGUAACUCGUUACAUAAUUCGGCGCUGUCAUAUUUGAGCAGCUUGGCAGGUCGCGAGUUUAAUGGAAGCGGGAAUUCCUCCAGAUCUAAUUCCAGACCUAAUAUCACAAGAAAAAAUUCUCUGAGCUCUCUAUUUACCAAGCACAAACGAUUGCAUCGUUUGCGUAAAUCUAGAAAGUCGAAGGGGCGCGUCAGGUUUCUUUCUCCUUCUUGGUGGCUGCGCAGUGGAUCCGUUUUCGAGGGCACUCAAUUGGAAGGGUGUCACUCUAUAAGCGGGUUGCCUUCAAGUACUGAUCCAAAGGAUCGCUGGAUUGUUGAUGUAUCUAUACAUUUUGUAGAUUACCAAAAGAUGCAACUUGAAGGUCAAUUAGAUGCUUAUCCGCAAAAUGCGGAUAGUCGUUCUUCUUCGAUUUCUACAGCUUGGAGUGGUGAAAUUCUUGAUUUCUCUGAAAGUAAGAAUUUUGCUACAGAGAAAUGGAGUGCUCCCUUAGAGGUGGAUGUCUGUUUUUGGCGCAAACUGUCUCCCUUUCGAAGCAUGGACACAGAUACUUUCUUUGAUAUCAUUACCGAUGUUAAGAAGUUAUCCAAAGUUUGUGAAAAGUAUAUUUUUAUGAGAUGGAAAGAUAUUUUAUAUUUGGGAAGUCAAGUCGAUGGCUCCAAUCACAAAAUUUCGGGCUUCUACUUUUGCUGUUUAUCAAGAACGACUGGUAAUGUCCAAGGAUACUAUUAUGACCCACAUAAUACUGCAUGUUCGCAACCUCUUGAUUUAUAUCCAAAGAAUUGUAGCUUUUCUCCCUCCUGUGCUUUUCUUUGAAUUGGUCUGUGGAUCUACACUAAGUUAUAGAAGAAAGAAAAAGCAAUUAGACUUCUAUUUCUGUUUCUGUUUCAUUUUCUUUUUGUUUUCUUUUUUUUUUUUAGAUAAAUAUGUACUAAUUAAACCAAGAAUAAGUAUUCUAUUGUCUAGUAUUCUCAA